AUGGCCCAAGUAAGCUUCUCAAAGGCAGCUGCCCUCUCCGUGUUCCUGCUGGUCGCAUCCAUGGCCGCCAUUGUCUCCGCCCAGGAAAUGGCCCCUGCUCCAUCGCCGUCGUUGGUCACCGGCGCUGGGUUCUCCGUCCCAGCUUCCGGCGCCUUCGUUGCCGUCUCCGUGGUUGUGUUGAAGAUGUAG